AUGCUGGCAUCCCCGGCCCCAGAGACCGAAGUCCCCAUGUCCCAGGCGGAAGCUGACCUGCCCCUGCGGCCCCCACAGCCCCUCGCUGCGGCGGGGCCGCCCCGCCUCGGGCCCCCUCCCCGCCGGGUGCGCCGCUUCUCCGGGAAGGCUGAGCCCCGGCCGCGCUCUUCCCGUCUCAGCCGCCGCAGCUCAGUCGACUUGGGGCUGCUGAGCUCUUGGUUCCAGCCAGCCUCACCCGUUCCGGAGCCCCCUGAACCGCCGGACUCCGCUGGUUCCGGCCCGGCGAUGAGCCCACCGCCCAGUGCCGAAGAGCCCUCUGAGGGCACGUGGACCGCGGGCGCCCCGGUGAAGCCUGCAGACUCCGAGGGUUCAGAGCCCGCGGGCUCCACAGGAGGGUCGGGGUCCCGGGAACAGCCGAGGAUCACCGAGGCGGCGGCAGCCCGGGAGCGGCGGCGGGAGCAAGAGGAAAAAGAGGACACGGAGACCCAGGCUGUGGCAACGUCCCCGGACGGCCGAUACCUCAAGUUUGACAUCGAGAUUGGACGUGGCUCGUUCAAGACGGUGUAUCGAGGGCUGGACACCGACACCACGGUGGAGGUGGCCUGGUGUGAGCUGCAGACUCGUAAACUGUCUCGAGCCGAGCGGCAGCGAUUCUCAGAGGAGGUGGAGAUGCUCAAGGGGCUGCAGCACCCCAACAUCGUCCGCUUCUACGACUCCUGGAAGUCGGUGCUGAGGGGCCAGGUUUGCAUCGUGCUGGUCACCGAACUCAUGACCUCUGGCACGCUCAAGACAUACCUGAGGCGGUUCCGCGAGAUGAAACCACGAGUCCUUCAGCGCUGGAGCCGCCAAAUCCUGCGUGGGCUCCAUUUCCUACACUCCCGGGUACCCCCCAUCCUGCACCGAGAUCUCAAGUGUGACAACGUCUUUAUCACCGGCCCUACGGGCUCCGUUAAGAUCGGGGACCUGGGCCUGGCCACGCUCAAGCGCGCCUCCUUCGCCAAGAGCGUCAUCGGGACCCCGGAGUUCAUGGCCCCAGAGAUGUACGAGGAAAAGUACGACGAGGCCGUGGACGUGUACGCGUUUGGCAUGUGCAUGCUGGAGAUGGCGACCUCGGAAUACCCCUACUCAGAGUGCCAGAAUGCCGCUCAAAUCUACCGCAAGGUCACCUCGGGCACGAAGCCCAACAGCUUCUACAAGGUGAAGAUGCCCGAGGUAAAGGAGAUCAUUGAAGGCUGCAUCCGCACGGAUAAGAAUGAGAGGUUCACCAUCCAAGACCUUCUGGCUCACGCCUUCUUCCGCGAGGAGCGCGGCGUCCAUGUGGAGUUGGCGGAGGAGGACGACGGAGAGAAGCCGGACCUCAAGCUCUGGCUGCGCAUGGAGGACGCGCGGCGAGGGGGGCGCCCACGGGACAACCAGGCCAUCGAGUUCUUGUUCCAGCUGGGCCGGGACGCGGCCGAGGAGGUGGCUCAGGAGAUGGUGGCCCUGGGCUUAGUGUGUGAAGCUGAUUAUCAGCCAGUGGCUCGUGCAGUGCGUGAACGGGUUGCUGCCAUCCAGCGAAAGCGUGAGAAUCUGCGCAAAGCUAGGGAGUUGGAGGCCCUCCCCCCAGCGCCAGGACCCCCACCAGCCGCUGUCCCCACGACUCCUGGUCCCUCCGGUGCCUUCCCUCCUGAGCCCGAGGAGCCAGAGGCAGACCAACACCAGCCCUUCCUCUUCCGCCAUGCCAGCUAUUCAUCUACCACCUCGGAUUGCGAGACUGAUGGCUACCUCAGCUCCUCCGGCUUCCUGGAUGCCUCAGACCCUGCCCUUCAGCCUCCUAGUGGGGUGCCAUCCAGCCCCGCUGAGUCCCAUCUCCGCCUGCCCGCGGCUUUCGCUUUAUCCAUUCCACGUUCUGGCCCCGGCAAUGACUUUUCCCCUGGAGAGAGUUAUGCCUCAGAUGCAGCAUCAGGCCUUAGUGAUGUGGGAGAAGGGAUGGAACGGAUGAGGAGACCCCCAGGGAAAAACCUCCGGCGUAGACCCCGAUCCCGGCUUCGGGUCACAAGUGUCUCAGACCAGAAUGACAGAGUGGUUGAAUGCCAGUUGCAGACGCACAACAGCAAGAUGGUGACCUUCCGAUUUGAUCUGGAUGGGGACAGCCCAGAAGAGAUUGCAGCUGCCAUGGUGUAUAAUGAGUUCAUUCUGCCCUCGGAGCGAGCUGGAUUCCUGAACCGGAUUCGGGAGAUUAUCCAGCGAGUGGAGACCUUGUUGAAGAGAGAUACUGGCCCUGUGGAGGCCACUGAAGACCCUCUGAGUACCCAGGAGGAGCCAACACCACUGCCUGCUCUCCUGGGGUACCCCCCAGAUCCACCUAGGGCAGAGCUCCAGAGCAGCACCUCCCUGGAGCAGAGAUCCUGGGCAGCUUUCUCUGCCUCCACAUCUCCUGGAACCUCCUUGUCUUCUGGAAACUCCUUUUCUCCUGGAACCCCUGUUUUCCCAAGUCCCAUCCUUCCCAUCACUUCUCCCCCAUGUCAUCUCAGCCCCUCCUCAUUCUCCCCAGUUUCUCCUCAGGCCUCCUCAAAUCUCUCUCCACACCCCCCAAGCUGCCCACUUCCAUUCCCCCCCAGUGCACCCCAGUUUCCAGUCCCAUCUCAGUUUCCACAGAGUUCUCUCCUGCCCGAUGGUUUCCAGGUCACUCUCACUCCUCCCUCCUUUCCCCCCUGCCCCUCUGCUUGUCCCCUCCCCUCCACCACUGCAGCCCCUCUCCUCUCUCUGGCCAGUGCCUUCUCUCUGGCUGUGAUGACCGUGGCUCAGUCCCUGCUGUCCCCGGCCCCUGGGCUCCUGUCCCAGUCUCCUCCAGCUCCUCCUGGUCCUCUCCCUAGCCUGCCCCCUCCCAUUCCCAGUACUCCUUGUGGCCAGGAGCGGCCUUCAUCGCUGACAGCUGAGAUGGAGAGUGAGGCCUCUCCGAAUCUUGGUCAGUCACUUCCGGGUGAAGCCAGAUUGGCGCCCAUCUCGGAAGAGGGAAAGCCUCAGCUUGUUGGGCGCUUCCAAGUGACUUCAUCCAAGGAGCCAGCUGAGCCCCUUCCCCUGCAGCUGGCAUCCCCAACUCCCUCUGGCUCCCCGAAGCCUCAAACCCCUCAGCUGACCUCGGAGAGCUCGGACACGGAGGACAGUGCUGGAGCCAGGCCAGAGGCCAGGGAGGCUCUGGCUGAAAGUGACCGUGCAGCUGAGGGCCUAGGGGCUGGAGCUGAAGAGGAAGGGGACGAUGGGCAGGGACCCCAAGCAGGGGGCAGCCCUCCACCCCUGAGCCAUCCCAGCCCAGUGUGGAUGAGCUACUCCUGUAACAGCCUGUGUCUGAGCAGUGAGGAGUCAGAGAGCAGUGGAGAGGACGAGGAAUUCUGGGCUGAGCUGCAGAAUCUUCGGCAGAAGCACUUGGCAGAGGUGGAGGCACUACAGACACUACAGAAACAGGAAAUCGAGGACUUGUACAGCAGGCUUGGGAAGCAGCCCCCGCCAGGGAUCGUGGCCCCCGCUGCUAUGCUGUCCAGCCGCCAGCGCCGCCUCUCCAAGGGCAGCUUCCCCACCUCACGGCGCAACAGCCUGCAGCGUUCUGAGCCCCUGGGCCCUGGCAUCAUGCGAAGGAACUCCCUGAGCGGCAGCAGCACCGGCUCCCAGGAGCAGCGGGCAAGCAAGGGGGUGACAUUCGCCGGGGAUGUUGGCAGGAUGUGA